CAUGCAUGAUUAACCGUUAAUUUAAUUUGUAUUGUGUGUAUGUAAAUAAUUUUAAUCAGGAACACGAUGCAAAAAUACUGUUCUCUAAAAGAAUUUCUCUAUACAAUGAUUUUUUUUUUUUGUGAUGGGUUUUUCCAUACUCGGCGUUUUUUCAAUUGUCAUUUUGGAUUAAUUUUCGUUAAUUUUAACUAAGCAUCGUUUCAGGCUCAACGCACAAAAUAUCAAUAACUUGCUUUUGAUAAGGUUAAAUGAAGAACUUUUUAAUAAUAUGAAUUUUUCUUAAGGUAAUUUUUCAUCAAAAAAUUAUCAACUUUAUUUAUUGAAUUACUUGUGUUCUCUUUCUAUUUAUUGAAAUAUAUACAUGUUUUGUUUGUUUUAAUAAAUAAGUACUUACUUAUGCACGUACAUAUGUAUGUACAAGUACGGAAAAUAACUAAAUAAAAAUUUGAGUGUCUAUUCCUUAUUUGUAAAUACAUAUGUAUAUGCUUUUGCUUUUUUUCUUUAAAUAAGAGACAAUACUAAUGACAAGUAAAAAGGAUGAGUUUUAUUUUUCGCAUCACUUGAACACUCAGAGCGAUAAAAAUAAAGAUAAUGCGUUAGGCAAAUAGUUAUCUUUUAAAAAUGCUCGCUCAUGCUAAUAUAUGAGUGAGCCAAAUACGUGAGGAGUUUUUUUGUGAUGAGAAUGUUAGUUAAGCUUGCGCUCCUGAGUAUUUGAAAUGAUGUUCUCUUGUGGAAUAUUUUGAUGGUUUUACGAACUCUGUGUAUACUCUUGCAGUAUUGAAGAGGUUUUAAAAUAUCUAAAGCUUCCAUUGGACUCUUCCGCUUGUCGACUAUUUAUAGAUAGUUCAAAACAUAGCUUAAAAGCAGUUUUACUGCACAAUGGAAAUCAGCAUCCAUCAAUACCGGUUGCGUAUUCCACAAAAAAGGAGGAAACAUACGCAAAUAUUUUAAAUCUCUUAAAUAAAAUUGAAUACUAUAAAUAUAAAUGGGAAGUAUGCGCAGACUUCAAAAUGAUUGCAAUAUUGACUGGAAUGCAAACAGGAUACACAAAAUAUAUGUGCUUUCUUUGUAAAUGGGAUUCACGUGCUACCAGCAGCCAUCAUCAUAUUAAAUAUUUCGAAGAACGUAAAGAAAAUAUUAUUGGUGACUUAAAUGUAAUCCAUGAAUCUCUUGUCCCAAAAGAUAAGGUCAUACUUCCACCGCUGCAUAUUAAGUUGGGCGUAGUGAAAAGUUUUAUUAAAAGCUUAAAUACACAAAGAUAUGCUUUCAAAUGCAUUCAAAUAAUUUUCCCCAGAUUAUCUGCAGCAAAAUUAAAAGAAGGUAAAAUACGGUUUUAAGAAAUAAUUUAUUUCAUUUAAUGUAAACUACCUUUUCUAGGAAUGCUCGUUGGACCCGAUAUAAGAAAAUUAUUACAAGAUGAAGAAUUUUAUGGUCAUUUGUCGGAUACGCAAAAGACAGCAUUUGACUUUAUGCAGCUGGUUAUAUCAGUAUUCCUUGGAAACUCAAAAGCACAAAACUAUGCAGAAAAUAUUGAAAGCAUGCUAAUCGGUUUUGACUAUAUUGGAGAAAACUUUGGAGCGGUUUCAGAUGAACACGGUGAAAGGUUUCAUCAGGAUAUAAAGGUAUUGGAAGAAAGAUUCAAAGGGAAAUCCCAAUGUGUAAUGCUUGCUGAAUACGUAUGGGGCUUGUACAGAAACCUUGACACAUCGGAACAUUCACGUCAAGCUAAAUUCAGGAAAGCAUAUUAAGUUUAAUCUACUACUGCUGAAGCAAAAAAAUAAAUAUGUACAUACUAUAAUAAACCACUAUUAAAACAAAAUUAUAAUUUUUUUAUCCACCGUAAAGAACUUUAUUUACAACAAUGGUGUCUUUGGUGACCCCCACCGAAAUUUUCCGCCAAACAUUUUCGUAGAAUAUUUUAAUCUUUAAAUGUCCUUUUUUAAAGGAUAUUUUUUGAUUUUCUCGAAAAAAAGGGUCAAAUUGACCCAUAAAGAAACCAGUUAGAGGGUUAAGAUCUUCCACAAAAAUAAUCCUCAUACAAUUCCACAAUACAACUCUGACCAUAAGAAUUCUCUCAGACUUUAACUUACAACAUUUUUUUCAUAUAGUAUAAUGCUCCCUUCGACCAAAAAAUGAAAACUUUGACCCACUGUAAAAAAAACUCAGACGUGCUGGACCAUAAGUUUGUUCUACAAAAAUGAUCUACUCAACAUACCCUUUCAGAAUUAUAGGGUCGCUAUUCUGUUCCCAAAAUGCUGUUGGACAGUGUAAUUAUUUUGUUUUGACAGUUGGAAAAGGUGUCACCGAGAGUCAUAGAAAAGCCUCCACCCACUCUACCCGGGGAAACCUGGCGCACCCUUACAAAACAGAGCUGUAUACACCACAGCCUAUGAUACCUCAACAUAACACCAACACAACUCACUCCUCUGUACACUAACCUACUCAACAAAGGGAUGGACAAUGGAAUAUCAGACUCAUUCGAUUCCACACUGCGAAGCGUAAACACUAACUUUUGCUUCGAUCAACUUUCGUUCGACACCCAUCCCUCGCACUGCAAUAUAAUCAUUUGCACAGUUUAUUCGAUCAGCGAAUAAUUAUCGGGACAUUCGAUUUCAAAUUGACAAUCGUUUCUUUCAACAUCAGAUACGUUUAUGUCAAAUUAUUUUAAUUGCAACAAACCUUUGUUAUAAGAAAUAAAGAAGGGUUAAGUUCGGCGGCAACCGAACAUUUUAUACUCCUGCAACUUGCAUGAAUCAAAGCCAGGGAAAUUCUUUAAGGUGUAAGUCUAAUCAUAUAGAGUAAAGUCAGCCGAAUGUUCGAAAAUCAGGAUAUUAGCUAUAUGGGGGCUAGGUCAAGUUUUCGCUCAAAUUUCGCUCUUUUAGGCACAAAGACACACUGUUAUGAAUAAAACACGCUCUCUCAUUUUCAUUAAGAUACAUAACUAAUAUAUUGGCCGAUAUAUGCAGUACAAAGUCACUCCGAAGUUCGAAAAUCCAUAUAUUAAGUUUAUGGGGCUAAAAGAAGUAUUGGUCCGAUUCAACCCAUAUUUGACAUACAGACAUACCAUUAUAAGAGAAUGAUUAUCCCUUUAUUUCAGUUAUACUUAUAUAUAACACAUUGACCGACAUUUGCGGUCAAAGGUCUACUAUAGGUACAGGGGUCUAUAUAUUCGGUACGUGGGGCUUGAAGAGUUUUUAUAGGAUUUCAACAAGUUUGGUCAUAAAGGGGAACAUAUGUACAAAGAUAUUAUUUGUGCAGAGCUUUAUCCCGCUAUAUUUAUUGCUUUUUGAUGUCCGUACUGAAACUGAACGAAUCAAGUGGAAAUUAAAACUGUGUUAUAUAGGAAGUAGGCGUGGUUGUUGUUCGAUUUCGUUGAAAUUCACAUUGUCAGAAGAAUGCCACGUACUAAAUUUUGCCGAAAUCGGUUGGACGGGUCCCGUGAUAUGGGGUUUCACCAAAAAGUGGGUGGUGUCACGCCCAUCGUCCAAUUUUCACACCGGCCCCAUAAAGCUCUCUCAUACCAUUUCGAUGGUAAAAUUUUAUGUCUCUAGCUUAUUUAGUUAUUGUUUUAUCGCGCUUUUAGUAGUUUUGAACAGUACCAUUAUAUAGGGAGUAAGCGAUCCUCCGAUUUCAUCCAUUUUCACACUGUCGGUAGAGGUUCUUAAGAUUUGUACUCAGGGGUCGAAUCGUCACAUCCGUGCACGGAUCGGCAAACCUACGAAAGAAAAUUACGUGAUACGUCAAUCGUAUGCGGUGAUUGGCAUUAUGACAUACGAUAGCAAACGGAUCGUAAUGUAUUUUCAAUUCACAAUAGUUUUUAAAUUCCACAUUGCUUUGGAUCGUAUUUUUAGGUCACAAUAGAUGUGGAACUGUCAAAACUUGCGAAAUUUUCAAUAAACUAACAAAACCUAAUUAAAUAUGAAAAUUAAUUCAUGUUUGCUU